AGAGUAUUUGUAAAGCCCCAUUUUAAUUAUAUAUCACCAAUCUUGUGGCUUCAAAUAAAAAAUUGAUGAUAGAUAAAUAUGAAAGACUUUGGGGGAGAACAAUAAAAAUAGUUUGCGAGUGGAUAGAACAUUUGAAAUAGGAAUUUUGGAAAAGAUAUUUGGUCAAGUACCUUUCUUUCGAGAAAAGAUUGUUAUCAAUAUAAAUAAUAGAAAAUAAUGCUAGACGAGCAUUAAGGAAAAGAUAUGAUUAGAAUUAUAUAAAAAAGAUAUAAAAAGAAAGAAAAGAAGAAAUAUUUGGAUUCAAGGACUUGGAAGUAAUGGAAUAUUAUAAAAACAUAAGGAAAAUAAAAGAACAUAUUGAAUUAGAAUAUGAUGAGUAAGGAAAUAUGAACUUUCAUAAGCACUACUUAGAUGCUAGAAAUAUUGGAAGAAAAACCAAUUAUAUAACAAUCCAGAGAACAUAAUAUUAAGAAGAGAACCAAUAGAGAGAAUUGGAUGCAUAUGAAGAAUAUAAUAAAUCAUUAAGAAAAUUAGAACAAAAGAUGUAAGAAUACAAAGAGAAACAUAAAGCAAUACUGGAAUUCUAAGUAAAGAAUAUUAUAUGAAAAUAGAUACUAAUAGAAUUAGAAAAAUACUAAAUUAUUGUUAUUUAAAUCAAUGGAAAUAUAGAAGUAUGA